UGACGCGGAAUGAGACGAACGUGAACGGACCGCAUUUCCUCUCAAAACUCUUCUCUGAACCAAGACCUGAUCCGGGCUCCGGUCCCGGCUCGAUCAUGACUCGGGGAGAGGACUGCUUCCCGGCGGCAGGAGAUGGAGCCGAGAGCGACCAGCAGCAUCCUCUCAUCCUGGAGCGAGUGGAGAAAGAUGAUGGAGAGGAAGGAAACUGGAAAGCCGCCGCGUCCCAUCACCUGAAGAAACACUGCUCGUGCUCCGCAGAGAAGGCCAGAGCUAAAAUACUGGGCUUCUUCCCGAUUCUCAAAUGGCUGCCGCGCUACCAGCUCAGGGAUUGGCUCCUGGGCGACGUCAUGUCAGGACUGAUCGUUGGAAUCCUAUUGGUCCCCCAGUCCAUAGCCUACUCCCUAUUGGCCAGCCAGGACCCCAUCUACGGUCUGUACACGUCCUUCUUCUCCUCCAUCAUCUACACCCUCCUCGGCACCUCCAGACACAUCUCGGUGGGGAUUUUCGGGGUGCUGUGCCUGCUGGUGGGCCAGGUUGUGGACAGGGAGUUAGCCGAGGCGGGAUACCUCACCGAGGGCAGUGGUAACGACAGCGCCGUCCUGCUGGCUGGCCAGGGGAACAGCAGCUUCGCCUCGGAGUGCGACAGGAGCUGCUACGCUAUCAUGGUGGGAGCGACCGUCACCUUCACCGCGGGGGUCUACCAGGUGCUGAUGGGAGUUCUCCAGGUAGGCUUUGUCUCCGUCUACCUCUCAGACUCUCUUCUCAGUGGUUUUGCCACAGGAGCGUCCCUGACCAUCCUCACAUCCCAGCUGAAGUACCUGCUGGGCCUGCGGAUCGCCCGGCCGCAGGGCUGGUUCACCCUGAUCAAGACCUGGUACAGUCUGCUCACCAACCUGGGCAGCACCAACAUCUGUGACCUGGUGACCAGUUUGGUGUGUUUGCUGGUGCUGGUACCCACCAAGGAGCUCAACGAUCGCUUCAAAGCCAAGCUGAAGGCUCCAAUCCCCUUUGAGCUCUUUGUGGUGAUCGCUGCCACCGCGGCCUCUCACUUUGGCAAUUUCAACACUGAGUACGGUUCCAGCGUGGCAGGCACCAUCCCCACCGGCUUCCUGCCUCCCCAGCUGCCCUUGUGGUCUCUCAUCCCCAACGUGGCAGUCGAUGCCUUCUCCAUCGCCAUCGUUGGCUUUGUCAUCACCGUCUCGCUGUCAGAGAUGUUCGCCAAGAAGCACGGCUACACGGUGGACGCCAACCAGGAGAUGUAUGCCAUAGGUUUCUGCAACAUUCUGCCGUCGUUCUUCCGCUGCUUCACCACCAGCGCAGCGCUGACCAAGACCCUGGUCAAGGAGUCGACGGGCUGCCAGACCCAGGUGUCGGGCUUGAUCACCGCCCUGGUGCUGCUGCUGGUGCUGCUGGUGAUAGCACCGCUUUUCUAUUCCCUGCAGAAAUGUGUAUUAGCCGUCAUCAUUGUGGUGAACCUCCGUGGUGCUCUGCGCAAGUUUGCAGAUGUUCCCCGCAUGUGGCGCAUCAACCGCAUCGACGCCUUCAUCUGGCUGAUCACCAUGGCAACCUCGGCACUGGUUAACACCGAGCUGGGUCUCCUUGUCGGGGUUUUGGUGUCGGCCUUCUGCGUUUUGGGCCGGACGCAGCGGGCCCAGGCCCUUGAGCUGGGCAAGGCCGGCACCAGGGAGCACUACGAAGACCUGGCAGCCUAUCGGGGGCUCCAGAGGCAACCCGGAGUGGCUGUUUUCAGAUACGAGGCUCCCAUUUAUUAUGCCAACCAGAGCUUGUUCAAAACAUCUCUCUACCGCCGUCUGGGGCUUGACCCGGUGAAAGAGAAAGCCCUGCGCAGGAAAAUGGAGAAGAAGAAGAAGAAACAGAAGGGGAAGGAACUGGAAAGGGCGGAGGAGGGUGCAACAGGGAAGUCAGAGGAGAGGGAGGAUGGCGUAGAGGCAGGCAUGACCAAAACCUUGAUGAACGAGGAGAAAGUUCCUGGUAGCUUACACAGCUUGGUGAUUGACUGUAGUGCCAUCCUGUUUCUAGACACUGCUGGGGUGAACGCCUUGAAGGAGGUCCGCAAGGAUUACGGAGAGCUCGGGGUCAGGGUCGUCUUGGCCCAGUGUAAUACCUCAGUACUGGACUCCCUGCAGAGGGGGGGGUACUACUCAGAAAACAAAGGAGGUGGUGGAGGAGAGAGCGACGCGACGUUCUUCACCAUCACCGAUGCCGUCCGUUACACCCAAAGCCUCUCCACUCCCAAUGGAGACUGUGACAGCAGAUGCUGAGAAAAUUCGUAUUUAUCCAAACCCGUCUAUUUAUCUUAAUGUAUUUGUUUACAUAUAUGCAAUGUAUAUACUCGUAAUCCAAAAACAGCCAGUCUAUGUGCCUUGUGAUGCUACAGUGGCAGCCAGUGCUGAAGUCCCUCCUUCAUGUUGUACAUUUAUCACACACAUAUUGCAGACAAUUCUUUGUUGGAUGUUACACAGCAGAAAAUAGUUCAGUUACAUGCAACUCUGCCUCUUAGUGACUGGCUGCUAUCCUUUGUACGUCCAGCAUUUUUAAAAGGAUAAAAACUUUUUAAUAAUUUUCCCAAAGAUACCCUUUGGCUAUGCAACCAAAGCACAGCAGAGAUACAGCAAGUAUGCAGUAAACAGCGGGACUUCGACAAUGGCUACAUCUGUAUGGCAGGUCGGAAGAACUUUUUCUCUUUUUUGCACAAAUGCAUCCAAAUGAGUUUAUAAUCACCUGUACUAAAUAUACAGGGUUAGUAACAUCACUGACCCGCUUUCAGCACAAAACAGUUUAAAGCUGUUAUGUCGUACAUAUAGACGGUUGAUAGCAGUAUGGGCCGGAUGUUUUCUUUUCUGCCGGUGUUGAUUGUGAAUCCUCAGGACAGUUGGUGCCGGAGGCUGUGUGCAGGAAUAUGUGCAAAUGAGCAGAAGUUCUGUCAUUGAGACAUGUUGCUUUAAAGGGCAUUCCACUGAAUUUCAGAGUUCACUUUAGUGAGUUUUCAUACCACUGGGGAAGUGUAAUGGACAUUGUAAAGGGCUCAUUAUGAAACACAGUGUUUACUGUUUUUACAGAUGAGUUUUGCCACUUGGUGGGACUUCUACAAUCAUUACAUUUGUACAGAAUAUUAGUGCAAUGUCAAAGAUAAGACAAAAUGGUCUGUCUUGUUUGUGGCUCUGGCAGAUACUCGUGAAAGUUCACUAGAGUAGAGGUUUUAUUAUUAUGGCCCCCACUCCCCACACCCUGCCUUUUUUCUUUCUUUAAUUUGUGAAAAUACAUAAUUCAGUUUCCCCAGGUUUUUGCAACCUAAAAUACCUGAUUUUAUGGCAGCUCUUUAAAAAAUUGCGAUUCAUUUUGCAAUG